AUGGCCGACCCCACCAACGUGAGUCUGCCUGCUGGGCGCAUCUGGAACGAAGCCGCUUCAGACGUCGAUGGGCAGGAUGCUCUCUAUCACGACGCGAAUAAUUCAUAUCCUGAGUCCGACAUCUUCGUCGAUUUCGAUGGUCACGUCGCGCACCUCGACAGCUGCACCAGCUACUUUUCCCAGGAUGCCGCACAUAGUGGCUUCGUUUCCUUGGGUGAUAUAGAACUCGACAAUACCCUCGGUGUCGCUGUCACUGCUACGCAGCCGCUUCAGUCGCUUUUUGACGGCGGAGAUGUGCAAGAUGAGAACGUGUUUGACGGCCAUGCCAAGGUACAAAAUGGCCAGGUUCCGUCCAAUACCGGACUGCACGCCAACAUGUCGGCUCGGUCAAGCUACGCACAACCUGUAUCCAUGUCUUUCGCUGAUGACAACGUUACCUGCUCGCCUGCAACGAACACGGGCGACAUCAAUUCAUGGCCUUGGCCGUUUGACCCAGGCUAUUCCACGCCAGACAGCAAUCAAGACACUGAAACCCAGGUCUACCAACAUCCUGCAGCAAACCCAGCGCGUCAGGAAGCGUUCAGUGCGUCCGGUCUGCAGGAAGCUGCCAUGCCAAAGCGCAAAGGUCGGAGGUAUCACGCUCAGCGACACCAAUACAGCACGAGCGAGCAACAGCCUGUUGCUCCACAGCAGAUCUCGUCCUGUCCCAGUUUCCAGGAACCGGAGAACAGAUUUCCCUGCACUGUAUGUGUCAAAGCCUUCAAGAACGCUUCGGACUGGAAGAGACAUGAGGCUAGUGUGCACGGCUAUAACGAUCGAGAAUGGGUCUGCAUGUUGACGGACGCAUUCAAGCUGCAGUCCGAAUGUGUCUUCUGCCUGGAGUCAAUGGACUCGAUCGAUCAUCUUGACAAGCAUGCAAUCGAUCCCUGUUCGAACAAGUGCACCGCUGAACGUAGUUUUCCUCGCAAGGAUCUUCUCAAACAGCACGUCUUCCUUGCGCAUCUCGCGGAUGCACCUCCGCCGAUCAAGAAGAGGUUUGAGGUACCCAAGGAAUGGUCAAGAAGUUUGAUUGUCUCGCCCGGUGGACCUGGAUCAUGCUGGUGUGGAUUCUGCGGGUGCAUGCUUGAGACUACCGCGAAGAGAAUGGAUCAUGUCGCGCAACAUUUUCGCGAGGGUCAGAACAUAACGAGUUGGAUUCGAAUGGAAAGUGUUAGUCGUUGA